CACUACCGCACCUGCGCAGUCAUCCUUAAACCUUUACCAAAGCAGCGAACACAGAAAGGCAGGAGAAAAAGAGGAGAAUAUAGCAUUAUAUGUGACUGUAGUUGAAAUAUGUAUGCUUAAAAGAAAGAUAUUUGAAACAAUUAAGGUAGGAUACACAGCGGUAGGCAGUAGAGACGGCUGUAAAUCAUCUAAGUGCCUCAGAAUCGAGCUUACCGUCCAGUCAUCUGUUCGGUUUGUCGUAGAGGGAAGGAAGAGUCUGUUCGCCCAAAGAGACGCAGCGCAAGUGAAACCAUGAAUCCCGAGUAUGAUUAUCUGUUCAAGCUGCUCCUCAUCGGAGACUCUGGAGUGGGAAAAUCCUGUCUUCUUCUGCGCUUCGCUGAUGACACCUACACAGAGAGCUACAUCAGCACCAUCGGAGUGGACUUUAAGAUCCGCACCAUCGAGCUAGACAGCAAGACUAUUAAACUGCAGAUUUGGGACACUGCAGGUCAGGAGAGGUUUCGAACCAUCACCUCUAGUUAUUACCGUGGAGCCCAUGGCAUCAUCGUGGUGUAUGACGUGACCGACCAGGAGUCUUAUAACAACAUCAAGCAGUGGCUGCAGGAAAUCGACCGCUAUGCCAGUGAAAAUGUGAACAAGCUUCUGGUGGGCAACAAGUGUGACCUCACUACUAAGAAAGUGGUGGACUAUACAACAGCCAAGGAGUUUGCCGACUCUCUGGCUAUCCCCUUCCUGGAGACGAGUGCUAAGAACGCCACCAAUGUAGAGCAGGCUUUCAUGACCAUGGCGGCUGAGAUCAAGAAGCGCAUGGGGCCAGGGGCCACAGCCAGCGGUGAUAAACCCAACCUAAAGAUUGAGAGCACCCCAGUGAGGCAGUCUGGAGGUGGCUGCUGUUAAGGGACCCAUGCCCUCGCACCCCCAACCCCCACAUCUCUUGUGAAUCCCUCUUUCAUGUUCGUUCUUCCCUUUCCCUCACCUUCACCAUUUCAUCACUUUAACCCCUCUGACCCCUGCCACUCUCUCCCCAGCCUGCCUUCUUAGUCCCGCCUUCCAUUUAGCACCCUUGGGCAUCAGAGAGGGUUGAAAGGUCAGGUAAUGACCCCUCUGAGUGCUGAUCUGAUGGAAGCAUGGCAGAAGGUUCCAGAGUCUGAUGGGUGAAGCUGCAGUGAUGCGUUCUGCUCAAAGGAUUGUUACAGGGAAGGCUGGUUCACUGAGAGACUUCACCUGUUCCUGCUCACACACUAUUGUCCAGUUAGAGUUAAAAAGACUGAAAGUCAAGUUUCUUCACCUCUCUCAUUUUCAUCCCCACCCGGUUCGGUCCUGGGAGAAUUUCCCCUUCUGCUGUUGCUUUCAGACUGUAAUCAUCACACAAGUUCCCCGUUAAGGCUCCAGAUGGCGCUCUCUCAGGCAGCCUCUUCCGUCCGUAUCGCUUCGUUAGCUUCCUCCUAGCCUGCCGUACAAACAUUAAUUUCCAACAUUUGGGGCCUUAAAUGUCUGCUGACAUCUCAACUCAUGUCUUAGCUACAUGCUAACAUCCCUCCUCAGUCUAUAUACUGACAGAGGAGUACACACACACACACAGAUCCAGGUGGUCCACCUGGAGAGUUGGGGUCAGUUGGGGUAAAACCUUGACCUUCAGUGUUCAGAGCACACCUCUCAACUGGGCCUGGGUGGAUAAGGAUGGUGCCAUCCACCCUUAUCCGUCCAGAUCCAGUGGAGACUGGAAUCUAUGGCAUUAGCUUUUCCUUGAUGACUGAACAUCGAGACACUAAGUGUUUCUGUCAGCAGGUGGCGUUAUUCCUUAUAGAUUGUAGCAUUAGAAGAAGGGGAAGCACUUCAUCAGCUUCAUCAUUGUUGGGGUUUUGUUGAUAUCGGCCCAAUAAGAUUUCUGGAUAACACGUGAAGCUAUAGAUGCGUCUGCGGUACUGUUGUCGAGACGACCUCUCCGACUCAGUUGUUUGGGUCACAGCUGUUGAACCCAUAGUCCCUCAUCAAAUGACCUGUGAUCGUUUUGAGAAAACAGCAUGAUAACUAUUCACGCUCGUUCACAGAUGUGUAUCAUUUAUAGAGAUUGUCUUAAGAGUUCAGUUAUCUUGGGCAGCCAGAUCUUCCUAUUUAACUUCCAGCUGCCCACCUUUUGCUGGUUAAUAUUAGAUACAUCACACUUUUGUCUAAUCUUGUUAGAUGAUAAUUAUCUGGAGGUGAUCCACCUGAAGAGUUGGGGUCAGAAGUCUUUUCAGUCUGUUGUAGGAAGGUUUGACAACAUGACCUGAGAACCUAGGAGGAGUCUGAACGGACCAGAGGACAUUCCAGCUGGACUCACUGGUUCUCACUCUCAUGUUGGUAUUGUAGCAUCAGAGGGUUAGGAGUCUGUUUCCAAGCCUAGAGCUCUGAGCGAUGUUAGAACUGAUAGCCAUGUCUUAGUGGACUUUAGGGGAACCAGAAGGGGGGAAACCAGUGUCCCUCUGCAAUAAGGGGACACUUAUUGCAGAGUGUCCCCUCUGCAAUAAGAGGGCAAUAAGUGAACUGUCUUCUAGCAGCACUGAUCCUCCUGCUGUAAACUAGAACUGGAAGUUUUCUGCCGUUGUCCUCCAGAGCUCCUAUCUCCUUCUCUUAGUGGUUGUGAUGCUGUUAAGCUUCAUCCUUGGCAACUUCCUCUGGAGUUUUAGGGACUGACUGGUCUUGGCUUGCUGACCGGAUAUGAACUCCCUGAUUUUCCCUUCCCUUCCGUCCCACAGCUGGCGCUACCCAGAAACACCCGAAUGUAGGAGACCCCUAGUGGUCAAAGGCACCAACUGAUCUGGUUCAGCGCUGUUGCUGGCCGCCUGUCAUCAUCUGGGGUGGGGUUUCUGUCAGGUUGAAUCUGAUGUUGAAUGAAGCUUGAGCAGUCGGUGGGUACCCCUCCCCAUCACAGCAUCACGCCGUUCUCAUAUGUAGAUGCACAACUAGAAAUCAUGAAUAAAACUUUGUCUAACUCUCACACAUGGAAGUUUUUGCUUUGAUUACAUGUCUAUAUUUUCAGCCAGUCUUUGUAUUCUAGGCUGCUGGUUUUGGUGUAUUCAUUGAAUCCUAUACUGUUUACUGAAUGGAAGUAGGGGGUGGGGGUGCAGAUAGUGGGAUUUAAUAGAAAGGGUGGGGGGGUUUGCUCAUGAAUGUGGUCUGCAUUUACUUUUUCUUUUUUUUUUACUUUUCACUUUGGAUUGUUUUGGUUAAGGGGGUAUUCUGUGUCGUUUGCACAAUUCUUUAUUGCUUUUUAAUAGUUAAAUGCAGCAAAGGCACUCAUUAGACGGUGUUGGUUGAAAAACCACCAGGUAAUAACUGUUGUCAUUUCUUUGUCUCGUUUGGCUUGUCCCCUUUGGUUUUGUCUUACUGCAGAGUUUGAUCAUGUUUCUUUCUGUACAUAUUAAAAAGAUGUAUGUAAUAAAAUUCUGAAAAACAAUGA